AUGAAGCAGCGAUUCUCCUCUCUCGAUGUUAAGGUCAUAUCACGGGAGCUCUCACAGGCUUUGGUUGGUCUUCGAAUUUCAAACAUCUACGACCUAUCAUCGCGAAUAUACCUCUUCAAGCUAGCCAAGCCAGACACAAGAAAGCAACUCAUCGUCGACACCGGCUUCAGAUGCCAUCUUACAGAGUACUCUCGCACAACUGCCGCCGCUCCCUCGCCGUUCAUUGUUCGCUUACGCAAGUUCCUGAAAACAAGAAGGGUCACGGCCGUCACUCAAGUGGGCACGGAUAGGAUCAUCGACAUUGAGCUUAGCGAUGGCAACUUCCAUGUCCUCCUAGAGUUCUACGCAGGAGGAAAUAUUAUCCUGACCGACAAGGAGUACAAGAUCGUUGCACUCCACCGGAUUGUGCCUGAAGGUAAUGACCAGGAAGAGGUUAGAGUGGGCUUGCAAUAUGUUCUUACCAACAAGCAGAAUUAUAAUGGGGUGCCGCCAUUAUCUAUUGAGAGAUUAAGAGAGACGUUAGAGCAGGCGAAGGAUGUGGCGGGGUCUGGAGAGGGUGCGGGGAAUACCAAGAGGGCGAAAAAGAAGCAGGCCGAAGCACUAAGACGAGCUGUCUCGUUGGGAUUCCCUGAGUAUCCGCCUCUGCUCCUUGAACAUGUAUUCCAUAUUACUGGUGUUGACCCGAGUUUAAAACCGGAGCAGGUACUGGGGGAUAACGAGCUGGUGGAAAAGCUCAUGUUGGCACUUGUGGAGGCAGAAAGCGUCAACUCAAGUCUUUCGACCGCAGAUGACACUCCAGGUUAUAUUGUUUCGAAGACAGAAAUUAAAUCUGUGGAAGAUAGCGAAGUGACUGCUACUGAUCCAUUCAAGUCGAAAAAUCUCCAAUAUGUUGAUUUUCAUCCCUUCGAGCCGAAACAGUUUGAGAAUCAAGCUGACAUGGCAAUUCUGAAGUUUGACACCUUCAACAAGGCUGUGGACGAGUACUUCUCAUCAGUCGAAUGUCAGAAGCUGGAAUCGAGACUUACUGAGCGUGAAGAGAUGGCCAAGAGAAAACUCGAAGCUGCACAGAAGGAUCAGGAAAAGCGUGUUGGGGUGUUGAAGGAAGCUCGGGAACUUCACGUGCGCAAGGCGCAGGCGAUCGAAGCCAAUCUAUUACGCGUUGAGGAGGCGAUGAAUGCAGUCAACGGGUUGAUAGCGCAGGGUAUGGACUGGGUAGAGAUUGCUCGUUUGAUAGAGAUGGAACAGACUCGCCAAAAUCCAGUAGCAAAGGUUAUAAAAUUACCGCUGAAAUUGUACGAGAAUACGGUUACGCUACUCUUGGGGGAGCCUACGGAAGAUGAAGAACCGAUGGAUGAAUCUGAUGAGGAGGACGAAGAUGAGGAAAGUAGUGAAGAUGAGGAGAGCGAGAGGAAGCUGGGAGGUUCGAAGAAACCAGAGCAGCAACUACAGCAGCAGCUAUUGUCUAUUGAUAUUGAUCUUGGGAUCUCGCCCUGGGCUAAUGCAAGACAGUACUAUGAACAAAAGAAAGCUGCCGCCGUGAAGGAAGAAAAGACGCUAAUGUCGGCGAAGAAGGCUAUAAAGAGCACAGAAAAGAAGGUGACUGCGGAUCUUAAGCAGGCCUUGAAACAGAAUAAACCAGUGCUUCGGCCUGUGAGGACACCGUUCUGGUUUGAGAAGUUCAUAUAUUUCAUAUCUUCUGAUGGAUAUCUUGCCUUGGGCGGAAGAGACGCCCAGCAAACGGAAAUCCUGUACCGACGACAUUUGAAAAAGGGGGAUGUAUAUGUACACGCUGAUGUUCAAGGAGCUAUUCCCUUCUUCGUCAAAAAUAAACCUGACACCCCAGAUGCUCCUAUCCCACCAGGAACUCUUUCACAAGCCGGCAACCUUUGCGUAGCAACUUCAAGUGCAUGGCAUUCUAAAGCCGUGAUGGGUGCGUGGUGGGUAAAUGCAGACCAGGUCUCCAAAACUACGCCUUCAGGGGAAUACCUGGAAACGGGUGGCUUUGUUAUUCGCGGCGAGAAAAACCAGCUUCCCCCAGCUCAACUUCUUCUCGGGUUUGCUGUAAUGUUUCAAAUCAGUAGUGAGAGUAUUAAAAAUCAUACGAAACAUAGAGUGCAGGAUGAUUCGUCUACUACAACGGGUGUGAAGGAAACUCAGGGGAUGGAGGAGUUGCCAUCAAGACUCGACCAACAAACACCAAGAGAGUCUGAAAACAAGGAGACAUAUCAUCAGCCUGAGCAGAAUGAUAGUUCGGAUGAAGAGAACGGUGAAAUUGAAGAGAAUACGGACGAUAAGCGAACAAAUCCCUUCUUACAUGAGAAGGCCGAAUCGAGCGACUCCGACAGUGAAGAUGGGGAGUCCAAAAUUGGGGAAGAUAGGCCCCAGGAUGUCGAUGCCAAAGAUGAGAGAGAAUAUGAUCACGCGGAGUCCAAAGCUGUGGAGGAGGCAGCAUUGGGAGGAAAGGAAACAUCGUCCCAGGAGGAACAGGCCGGUUCGGAGCCGCAUACGGACUCUGCGGCGGCACGCCCUGCCAAACGCCUGUCUGCUACGGAAAAUGGUCAAUUGAAAAAGGGUGUCUCCAUUGAACAAGCCUCCACGCCCCCUACCGAUCCUGAGUCGCGCUUGACCCCAAACGAACCAUCACGUUCCUCAACCCCAAACAUCCGUGGAAAACGAGGUAAAAACAAAAAGAUCGCCACCAAAUACCAGCACCAAGACGAAGAGGACCGUGAGCUCGCGCUCCGCCUCCUGGGCUCUGCUCCUAAGCCAGAUAAGCUUCGCGAAGCGGUGAAGAGGAAAGCAGAUCGACAAGCCGAGCUUGAAGCCCAAAAGCAACGCCGUCGCGCACAGCACGAUCGAGCCGUGCAGGCUGAGCGCGAACGACAAAAGACACUGCAGCAGCAGGCGGGGACACAAGGGGGUGGGGAUGAUGCCGAUGGCGGUGAUAUACAACUCGAUGAUGCAGAUACUGCUGCCGAUCUUUCUUGUCUUCCUUCCCUGAUUGGCACUGCUGUGGUAGGUGACGAAAUCGUCGCGGCCAUUCCUGUCUGUGCACCCUGGAUGGCUCUAGGCCAAUAUAAGUACCGGGCAAAGUUGCAGCCAGGGCCUCUCAAGAAGGGAAAGGCUGUCAAGGAAAUUUGUGGGAAGUGGGUUGUUGAUGCGACUGCGGCUGUGAAUGCUUUGGAAAAAGGGAAAGGGAGACGGAAAUGGAAAGAUGAGAGUGAGGUCGAGGUGGUUGAAGUAGAUGCGAACAACGAACGGUUGGAUGGGGAGGAGAGUGAAGGAGGUGAUGGGGCCACUCAUGGGCUUAAGCAGUUGGUCCAGAUGGAGUUGGAGCUUAUUAAGGGGUGGAGAGAAGCUGAAAUUAUGAAUACUCUCCCUGUAGGCAAGGUCAAGAUUGUUUCUGGUGGUAGCGGUGGCGGCGAUAAGGUCGGGAAGGGGAAGGGUGGAGGGAAGGGUGGGAAGAGUGGGAAGGGUGGGAAGGGUAAAGGAGGUAAAUAG